AUGACAACAACAUUUCAAGAUAAUAUAAGUGUAGCUAAAUUUACGGUUGUUUUAUUUGGUGACCCGAAAUCUGGAAAGACUACUACCAUCAAUACUCUCAGUGGUCAGGCUCAAACAACUACUACUAAUCCUUCAAGCUACACCUUUACAACUCCUCCUUGUACAUUUUAUUCUGAUCAAAAUAUUUCAACUGUAAUACUUCAAUUUUAUAAAAUUGAAGAACAAAAAUACUUUGAAAGAAAAGAUUAUGCAUACUAUAGAGCUUCAAAGUUGGCCAUUGUAGUAAUAGACCUAACUAGUCAAUCAUCAUGGGAUAAUAGAAAUCGUUGGUUGGCAGAGAUUGAAAGAUAUUGUGCCUAUGAGAUUAAAGUUGUGGUCGUUGGAACCAAAGGCGAUCUGACUAUCAACAACAAUAAUCAGAGAAUAGUAUCUCAAGAGAUGAUUGAUAGUUUUGUUGACCCAUUGGAAUUCACUUAUAUUGAACUAAUCAAAGAUGGUGGUGGUGGAUUAGAUCAACGUGAUCAAUUUCAACAAAUAAUGAUUGAUGCUGAAAACAAAAGAUUCAUCAAACAAAUGAUUAAUACUUGUCAAUUAACAAUUAAUUUUAAAAGAAAUCAAAUUAAUAAUAAUAAUAAUAAUAAUUCAACAAAUAAUAAUAAUAAUAAUAAUAAUAAUUUAACAAAAAUAUUUUAUAUGGUAUUUAAUAACAAGGUAUUAUUUAAAAAUAUAAUGGGUCAAGUCAAAGAGAUACAUAAUAUCAUGCGUGUCAAAGCAUACAAAUUAGAUUAUAGUCAACCACAUUUUUGGGUAUCACAUCCAUCUCUUGUCAAUGCACUUUUAUAUCGACAUAAAUAUGCUAAAAAGUAUCUAUUGUCACCAUUGACACUACAAUUUUUAGAACCAUUCCUUUGGAACAAUUCAAAUUUUCAAUUGUUUCAUUCACUCUUUCCCAUUUCCAACAAGUCUAUACUCGAUGGUGAUGAAAGUAAGAAAUUUGUAGAUGCAAGUUGUAUAUCUGGAUCUUUAGAGAUUGUAAAGUACCUCUUUAAAAAAUUGAACCUUCCAUUUACUCUUAAAGGGUUCUUUUCAUCAAUCAUUCUUGGAUAUACAGAUAUUACAAAAUACCUUGUAGGUCAAUCACAAGUUUUAAGGAAAAAUCAUGAUCAGAUCCAGAUUACUCCAUCAACCAAAAUUAUAAUUACUAGAGAUAUUUUAAUAGAAGGAAUUAGAUUGGCAAAAGCAUAUCAUAGUAAUAGAGAUUCAACAAUAUUGGUUUAUCUUGAACAUGAAUUGGAUAAUUUAGAAAAUGGAAAACCAAUUUUAAAAAAAUUUACUUCUUUAUUUAAAAAAUAA